AUGCGACUUCGGGCAAAAAACCAACGCGUGGUGGAAUAUGCGAUCGAGGCGAUCAAGCUGGGGUCUACGGCGGUGGGCAUCCAGACCAAGGAGGGGGUGGUCCUAGCGGUGGAGAAGCGCCUCACGUCUCCCCUCCUCGAGCCCAGCAGCGUAGAGAAGGCGAGCGACGAAGUGCUGGUUGGCAUUGACCUGUCAUGCUGGUUUUGAGAGAGGACACGGUGUGUCAUUGCCUCGCCCGUGAGGGACCCGUCUCGCCUCUCUCCGUUUCUUGCAGCUGGCCCGGCAUCGAAUUUUUUGGACGGCAAAAGCUAUCGCUUUUCACUUGAGAUUGUGGUGAGGUGGCUAUGUGUUAUUACUGUUAGCAUCGACCGCGCUUCUAACCGGCUGACCACUGAAAAAGAAGCCAGUCUCAGUUACUAUUGAAAGCACAAAAAAUGCUUCUAAAUGGACAAGAGGUUCAUGUGUGAGACUGCUGUCAUGGAUCCAGAUCAUGGAGGUGGACUCGCACAUCGGUGCGGCGAUGAGCGGGCUGAUCGCGGACGCCCGAACCCUGGUCGACCACGCCAGGGUGGAGGCGCAGAACCACCGAUUCACAUACGACGAACCCAUGCGCGUCGAGGCGCUGACCCAGGCGGUGUGCGACCUGGCCCUCAGCUUCGGGGAGGUUUGUGGUUGUUGUCGUCGUUGUUAUUUCAGUUGUUUUUGUUGCUGUUGCUGUUGUUGUUGUUGUUGUUGUUGUCAUUCGUAGUAGUUACUAUUGGUCUCAUGUUGUGCGAAAGUCUCUGUUGUGUGUUUCUGGCAUGCCUUUGUGCACCCUAUGUGCUGGUUGCGUGAGUUUGUUGUGGUUGUGGAUUCCGAACACACGUAGUGUUUGCUCAAGCUUUCAAUGUCCAGGCAACUUCUCAAUGUCCAGGC